AUGAAAUCAGAUUUUAUUUGCCAUCGUAAACAUUUAUUUCGAGAUUCAAUAUAUCAAAUAGAAAUCCAAAAUGAUAAGUUAAUGUUACUAAAUGUAAAUAGUUUAUAUAUAUCUUUAAAGACACAAGGAAUCGUAAAGUAUUCUCUAAGUCUUAAUUGGUCUGUGGAGAUUUAAUGGAAAAUUUCAAGUACUGAUCCAGCUUUUGGAUUUUAGAUCAAUUAAAAAUUUAAAUGGUUUUAUGCAAAGCCUAAAACAAUAGAAAUUUUAAGAUGCACAUUAAAAAAGCAUAUAACUUCUUCAGAUUUUUAAAUAUUUUAUAAUAUAGGCUCAUAUAUAUCUAAAGGACAAAAUAGUUAUUGUUAUGAAUUAUUUUAAAAUGGAGAUGAUAAGAUGAAAUACGUUGUAAAAUUGAUAAAAAAAGAAUAAAUAGGCUAAAUAAAUUAAUUAUAUAAUGAACUAAAUAUACUUAAAAUUUUAAAUCAUCCAGGAUUGCCAAAAUUUAUUGAAUUCUUUAACACAAAUAAUACUUAUUAUAUAGUGAUGGAAAAAAUUGAAGGUUCAAAAUUAAGCAAAUUGAAUUCAACAAAAUAUCAACAAUUAAGUUUAAUUUAAAUUUAGUAAAUAAUCUUUGAAUGCAUGAACAUUUUGUAAUACUUAGUACAAAUAUAAGUGAUUCACAGAAAUAUUCAACCAGAUAAUAUUAUUUAUGAUUCAAAGGUUUAAACUACAUCAGUAAAAUUGAUAGAUUUUGCCAAAGCUAUCAAAGUAGGAACUGAUCUAAAAUUAUUGGGGACGCCUGGAUUUAUAGCACCUGAAAUUUUAAAAGACAAAUAAAUUUCAACAGAUUCUGAUAUGUUUUCUUUAGGUUGUGUAUUUUAUAAAUUGUAAAUUUAUUAUAAUACUUUUAGAUUAGUCAAAUAAGAUCUAUUUUAGGGAAUUAAUCUAGAAGAAACACUUAAAGAAAAUAAAAAGUGUUUAUUCAAUCUAAAGAAUCUUUAAUUAAUUCGGAUUCCUUAAAGUGCAUAACAUUUACUGACUUUAAUGUUGGAAAUAGAUCCUAAAUAAAGAAUAAAACCACAAGAAGCCAUAAACCAUCCAUUUUUCAAAGAAUCAAUGGAUUAAAGUGUAUCUCCUAAAAUUAUCUCAAGAAAUUUAUCAUUAUCUAAAUCUAUAAGAAAUUUGGAAGGUAUUAUGAUAAGUCCAAAACAAAAUUAAAUGAAUGAACUUGAUAAAUAAAUUCUAGUUGAUUAUUUCUAAAAUGAACUACCUCCUAUGAACGAAAUUCCAAUUAUGAAAUAAGUUAAAGGAGGUUGUCGUUUUAGUCUCAAUAAUUCUUCUGAUACUGAUACGAUAAGGAAAAGUAAAUCUGAAAAAAACAUUAAGAUAAUAUCGCUCUCAUAAAAUUGA